AUGGCCUCCGCCGAGGACAGGCCGGAAGUCGUUCGCUUGCUGCUUGAGGCCAAAGCAAACAAAGAUCUCGCCGAAGAAGGCGGUAUGACUCCAAUUUGGUUAGCGGCCGGCAGUGGCCAUUUAGAAAUCGUUCGGCUGUUGUUGGAGGCCAAUGCAGACAAGAACUGCGUAAGCAGUGGGGGUGACACUCCUCUACUGGUAGCAUCUGAGUCUGGCUCCUUGGAAGUUGUACGGCUCCUGCUGCAGAGCGCUGUGGACAAAGAUAGGGCCAACAAGGAUGGUACAACUCCGCUGUCCAUCGCCUCCCAGAAGGGCCGAUUCGAAGUUGUGCGUCUUCUUGUUGAGGCCAGUGCUGACAAGGACAAGGCCGACAACCAUGGCGCAACUCCAAUGCUGCAGGCCUGCGCAAACGGUCGCCUGGAAAUUGUCCGUCUGCUGCUGGAGGCCAGAGCCGACAAGGACGCUGCCCAAGACGACGGCCUAACACCCAUCUUGAAGGCAUCCCACGCUGGCCACCUCGAAGUGGUACUGUUGCUGAAG